AUGGCACAAGCCUUUGCCAUUUUAUCCCAAGAGGAAAAACAAAGAAAGAUGAAGCCUCACAACCACACAGUGUUGGAUUCCACCUCACUGAAUGCAUAUGUCCAAUCUAACAAUGGUACAGGACUAAAAAAUCCCAGGACUAAUUACAGUUCCACUAGGGGAGGUGGAAAUGGGCCUAAUAAUCACAACAACAACAACAACAACAACAACACUAUGUUUAGAGGCAGUUCUAGCACUAAUAGGUCCUCACUAUUCAGUGACUACUAUAAAAGAUCAGGACACACAAAGGACAGGUGCUACAAACUUCAUGGUUACCCAUCCAACUCAAGGUUUCCAAAGGGAAAAAGUUUAGGUUCUGUGGGAAAUGUAUGUGCUUCUGAGAUGAGUAAGGACCAGAGCGAGGAAGAUCCUGAAUUGAAGAGGCAAAUGCCAUUGAAUGUCUAA